CAGGUCUCUUUCUCUUCGAAUACCGUUUAACCUUAGCUCCUCUCUAAAUUCUAACGACAUACACCGGCCCCCUGCCCAAGCAGGGUCUCUUUCCAAUCACCAUGUCCCUCUCAAGCACGCGUCAAGCCUCAUCAGACACUUUCCUUCCCGCGUCCCGGUCCGUCCCCUUAAUAGUCCUGGUACUCGAUAGUAAAGGAAGCCCUCCGAGAACUAUCACCUUCCUCCAUCGGAGGCCGUGCCGCUACCACGAACACGGCAAAUUAUCCGAGCACGUUCGCCACUGAUUGGCCCACAACAGCAUCCUCGGGAGACAGCCGUCAUUCCAUGCGGAGAAACCAUGCGAUGGUCAUAUAGAAAACCAGG